AUGACAUCACCAGCGUUCCCAUCGUCCUUUCUUGACCACUGGGUUCACACGCUCAAGUCUCACCGUGGAGAACAGCUGAACGAUUUCCCAAACUACCACCUCUCCGAUCCUGAGAGUCUGGUGACGACAUGCAGUCCCAAAACGCUCACCGUCGGUAACGGCGCUUCCAUCUACAGAACCGCCAUUCUUCCAGGCAUCCUGGCCGCUCAACAUGAGGUCGUCCUAGUUACGUGCUUUUGGGCGCCGUCCGACACGCUCGAUGCCCUCCGCGAAACCCUUCAAACUCUAGCUGAGCGCCGACAAGAGGCAAUCCGCGUGGCUGGCGAGGCCUCAGUUGCCCCAUUACGCGUCCGCAUCUGCUUCUCUUCGCGCAGCUUCUUCCAAAAGAUCUUUCACCCAUGGUCCAGGGAUGGGUACGCGUACCCGAACGCCGCGUGGCCAAAGCUCGGGCUGCCCCCAGACACCACCCUCCGAGCGGCCCGCAUCGACCUCUCUGUCAAGAGCCUAUUCUUCUUACCCUUCAGCGUCAUGCACCCAAAGUUUGUCAUUGUCGACCGCAAGCGCGCCUGGAUGCCAAGCUGCAACGUGAGCUGGGAGUCGUGGUUUGAGGGUUGCGUCGAGUUCGACGGGCCAGCCGUCGGCCAGCUUGUGAAGUUCUACGCCAACGUUUGGGAGCCGAAAGGUGCGCGGGAACUCCCCGAUUUCACGAAAGAGGCUGUCCAGGGAGUGGAGGAUGCAGGCGGGGAUGUCGGCCAGACCAGCCAACCUUCGGAUGAGCACACCGCGUAUCGACGGCUGAGCCUCGCGAAUCUACCAGCAUGUCCGGCCAUCAUUCUCCCUUCAUCUCAUCAUUGGUAUCCCGGCUUCCAGUAUAUCCCUUUUUGGCGCCGCGUAACAGCGCCCGCAACCCCAUUGAAUGCGGCUCUGCUUUCACUAUUCGCCCAUGCCCUAAAGGAAAUCGACAUCGUGACACCAAAUCUAACAUGCCGGACCGUCGUCGAUGCCCUCUUAGAUGCCAUCCGGCGUGGUGUCGACGUCCGCAUUAGAACAAGCAAAAACAUGAUGUUGAUCGAGCAGCUCGUCACGGCGUGUACAACCACGGAAUGGACCCUCAAAUCUUUUAUCAAACAGUAUUCUCAAAUCUGCGCGGAAGUUUCUCGUAAGCGCACUGCAGACGCCGAGUCUCAGGUCCAACGCCCAGGCCGUCUCGACAUCUUCUAUUACCGGCCCAAUCUCCAAGCGACAGCCGCACGAGACCCAGAAGAGCCUGUCGUCUCUCACCUCAAGAUGACACUCGUUGACAGGGAAUUCCUCCUCUUGGGGUCCGGCAACCUGGACCGGGCGAGCUGGUAUACGAGUCAGGAAUUAGGCAUUCUGCUUCAUCUGCCCGGGUUCGAACAUGACAUCUGGUCUGAAUCCCUAGAGUCCAGGAUCGAGGUGCGAUUUAGCGGGGGGCCUGAAAACGGGAUUGCGAUGGCGGGCUAG